AUGUCUGAAGCCAUUCACUCGCAGUACGAUUCGAUCCUCAUCCUCGAUUUCGGAUCGCAGUACUCGCACCUCAUCACGCGACGAUGCCGUGAACUCAACGUCUACUGUGAGAUGCUCCCCUGCACCCAGAAGAUCAAGGACCUCGACUGGAAGCCCAAGGGAAUCAUCCUUUCCGGCUCGCCCUACUCGGUUUACGACGAGGUGGCCCCCCGUGUCGACCCGGACGUCUUCACCGCCGGUGUGCCCGUGCUCGGAAUCUGUUACGGCCUGCAGGAGAUCGCUUGGAACCACGGCGGCAAGGUGGACCCUCACGACAAGCGCGAGUAUGGUCACGCUAUGGUCGAGGUGGUCAAGACCGGUGUGCCCCACGUGGAUGCGCUGUUCAAGAACUGGGAGGGUAGUGUGCAGGUCUGGAUGUCGCACGGCGACCAGCUUUCCAAGGCCCCCGAGGACUUUGUUGUCAUCGGCCAGACACCCAGCGCCCCCUUUGCCGCCAUGGCACACAAGUCCAAGCCUAUCUUCGGUGUUCAAUUCCACCCGGAGGUCACUCACUCGGUGCGUGGCGUCGAACUGUUCGACAGCUUUGUCGACAUCUGCGCUUGCCGCCGCGACUGGACCAUGGAGACGUUCAUCGACAAGGAGAUCAAGCGUAUCCGCGAGAUUGUCGGCCCGAAAGGUCAGGUGCUCGGCGCCAUCUCCGGUGGUGUCGACUCGUCCGUCGCCGCCAAGCUCAUGCACGAAGCCAUCGGCGACCGCUUCCACGCCGUCAUGGUCGACAACGGCGUGCUGCGCACCAACGAGGCCGCCCAGGUCUACGAGAUGCUUUCCAAGGACCUCGGCGUCAACUUGACGGUUGUUGACGCAUCCGAGCAGUUCCUGUCCAAGCUCAAGGACGUCGAGGACCCGGAACAGAAGCGCAAGAUCAUCGGCAACACUUUUAUUCACGUCUUUGAAGCCGAGGUGGCCAAGCUUGAGAAGCAGGCCGAGGACGAGGAGGCGGCUGCGCUGGCUGCGGGCAAGCCGCAGGAGGCCAAGGGCAAGUUCGAGUACCUGCUGCAAGGAACGCUCUACCCGGACGUGAUCGAGAGCAUCUCGUUCAAAGGUCCCUCGGCAACCAUCAAGACACACCACAACGUCGGCGGUCUGUUGGAGGAUAUGAAGCUCAAGCUCAUCGAGCCGCUGCGCGAGCUGUUCAAGGACGAGGUGCGUGCGCUGGGCCGACUCUUGGGCAUCCCGGCUCACCUGGUCGGGCGUCACCCUUUCCCCGGUCCCGGUCUGGCCAUCCGCAUCUUGGGACCCGUGACCAAGGAACAGGUCAAGAUCCUCCAGCACGCGGACAGCAUCUACAUCGAGGAGAUCCGCGCGGCAGGGCUGUACGACCAGAUCUCGCAGGCGUUUGCCGUGCUUCUCCCUGUGCGCGCCGUGGGUGUGCAGGGCGACAAGAGGACGUACGACCAGGUCAUCGCCCUGCGUGCUGCCGCGACGACCGACUUUAUGACGGCUACGUGGUACCCCUUCCCCGCCGAGUUCCUGUCCAAGGUGUCCAACAGGAUCACCAACGAGGUGCAGGGCGUCAACAGGGUGGUGCUCGACAUCUCGAGCAAGCCGCCCGCGACCAUCGAGUGGUUGUAG